GAUUGACUUUUUUUUUCAGUGACGUCACAGCCAGGCUAAAGUAAUCGAGUGAAGAGGCCGGCGAAGACAGAGUCGGGCGACGCUAGCAGGGAGUAAACAUGUUUCGCAAUCAGUAUGACAACGAUGUGACCGUAUGGAGCCCACAGGGUCGUAUUCAUCAAAUAGAGUACGCCAUGGAGGCUGUGAAACAAGGCUCUGCUACCGUUGGACUUAAAUCCAAAACGCAAGCGGUCCUCGUUGCACUAAAGAGAGCUCAGUCAGAGCUCGCCGCUCACCAGAAGAAGAUCCUCCAUGUUGACAACCAUAUCGGCAUCUCCAUCGCGGGACUGACCGCAGACGCCAGGCUGCUAUGCAACUUCAUGCGUCAGGAGUGUUUGGACUCCAGGUUCGUCUUCGACCGCCCCCUCCCCGCGUCACGACUCGUCCAUCUCGUCGGCAGCAAAACCCAAAUCCCAACACAGAGGUAUGGAAGGAGGCCCUACGGUGUUGGACUCCUCAUCGCCGGCUAUGACGACAUGGGUCCUCACAUCUUCCAGACCUGCCCGUCAGCCAACUACUUUGACUGUAAAGCCAUGUCCAUCGGGGCUCGCUCGCAGUCUGCUCGCACGUACCUGGAGAGAUGCAUGGACAAGUUCCAGGACUGUAAUCUGAACGAGCUGGUCCAGCACGGCCUCAGAGCGCUCCGGGAGACCCUGCCCUCGGAGCAGGACCUCACCACCAAGAACGUUUCCAUCGGCAUUGUGGGUAAGGACAUGGAGUUCACCAUCUACGACGACGACGACGUGGCCCCCUUCCUGGAGGGUCUGGAGGAGAGGCCGCAGAGGAGGGUGGCCCCGCCCGCCGACGACGACGCCCCCGCAGUUGGCGCCCCAGACGAGCCCAUGGAGCAUUGAAGUGGCCCACCCCUCUUCAGCCCCCAGCCAAACGCUGACGCACUUCCUGUUUCUGACGACCAAUGUUCGUGAGGUGCCGCCUGAUGAAAACAUUCUGCUAGUGCGAUCUUUGCUUUUGUAUGGCUCACAUGUCCAACCCUCCAGAAUAAACUCCCUUUUUUUCAA